UAUGAAAAUAUAACUACAUUCAUACCCACCGAACCUGACAAAUCCAAGCACCAGAACAAUAAGUUCUUACAAUAUUGUUCAUACUUGCCAGGUUCUCAUUCAAAUGCUAAUGAUAUAAGAUAUGGCUUAAAUUACACUCACAUAUUUACAAU